GGUCCAGCGAUUAGAACAAGUGUGUCGGGGUGCUCGAGAGGCAGAUAUUCCUCUGUGGAAAGUUUGAGGACGCUCUUUGGAUCUUUGGAGAGGAGGGACAGCGCAGCUGCACACUUUAACGCAUCGAGCGUGUGUGGAUGAGAUAGUUUGGAAGUUUAAUUUUGUGAAAAUUUACUGACAGCAGCCACCAUGGAUAGCGGAUCCAACCGAACUAUUGACCCAAGCUGCACGGAGAAACCCCCUCUCGCCAUCGACAUAAUCCUCAAGUUUGACAUCUUUAGCAUCAUCCUGUACACGGUGCUCACCUUCAUGGCCACAGUGUCCAUGCUGAUCUUCAUAGAAGAGUGUAUCUACAUCUAUAAGAAAGUGCCCGCCAAUAAGAAGAGUGUAAUCAUCUGGGUGAAUGGGGCAGCACCGGUAAUUGGCACCAUGUCGUGUCUGGGGAUGUGGAUACCCAGAGCCACCAUGUUUACUGAUAUGACCUCUGCCUGCUACUUUGCCAUUGUGGUGUUCAAGUUCCUGAUCUUGAUGCUCGAGGAGGUGGGUGGAGACGAGAUUUUCCUGAAGCGAGCAGGGAGACAUAAACUUAGGAUCAGCACGGGGCCGUGCUGCUGCUGCUGCCCCUGCCUGCCAUAUGUGGCCAUCACACGGCGCUCUCUCUUCCUGCUCAAACUUGGCUCCUUCCAGUUUGCCCUCCUGAAGAUUGUCUUCACCAUCCUUUCCAUUGUUCUCUCGACCAACGGGACAUUUGACCUUGCUGAUUUGAGCAUUAAAGGAGCUGCUAUUUGGAUCAACCCAUUUGUGGGCAUCUUGACAAUCAUAGCUCUGUGGCCUGUAGCGAUCAUGUUCAUGCACCUGAGGACUGCCUUGCGGACAGUCAAGAUCAUCCCCAAGUACGCCAUGUACCAGCUGGUGCUGAUCCUGAGCCAGCUGCAAACCGCUAUCAUCAACAUCUUGGCUUUGAAUGGAACCAUCGCCUGCACUCCACCCUUCUCCUCCACAGCCAGAGGAUACAUGAUGAGUCAGCAGCUUUUGAUCCUGGAGAUGUUCAUCAUCACGCUGGUAACACGUCUGCUGUACCGCCGACAGUAUGAACCUAUACCCGAAGAGGAACACGACAUAAACGAAAAAACCAGGAUGGUUACAAUGCCCGCGUCUGCAUGAGAUCUCUGUGUGUGUGUGUGUGUGUGUGUGUGUGUGUGUGUGUGUGUGUGUGUGUGUGUGUGUGUGUGUGUGUGAGAGAUUUCUAUAUCCUGCAUGUAUUUGAUCAAGAGAUGAUAUAAGUCAAUAUGAAUAAAUGUAAUAAGAAUUAUAUGUAAA